UCAGCUAGGGGGCCGGGCUUGAGUUUAGAAGCUACGGGGGGUUGUGGGGUGUCCAGGAGCUUAAGGCGCCGCGCUUUCUCUUUGGCGUUCGCCGCAGAACGUCUUGUGUCCUUUCCGCGCUUUCGGAGAGGGGGAAAGCAGAGCUUCUUCACGAGCUGGGGCCCGUGAAGGAGAAGGGAGCCAGCGGGGGACUCUGGAGCGCCUGAGGGCAGGACUGCGGCCCGGAAGAGGGGAGGAGCAGAGAGGGUUCCCGUAGGCAGGGUCCGCACGCGCUGGGAUCAGGGCUGGUCCCGAGAAGGGCCUGGGGCGGCCGCGCUAUGUUCGGGGCCCGGUGCCUGCUCCGAUUCCUGCGCUCCUGUUCCUCGGCUCCUUGCCCAAGGCACAAACCUUCAGCCAAACUGAGCGUGCGGGACGCUCUCGGGACCCAGAACGCAAGUGGGGAGCGCGUUAAGGUCCAGGGAUGGAUUCGUUCAGUCCGAUCCCAGAAGGAAAUCUUGUUCCUGCAUGUAAAUGAUGGGUCAUCUUUGGAAAGCCUUCAGGUUGUAGCAGAUUCAAGCUUUGACAGUAGAGAACUGGCCUUUGGGAGUUCUGUGGAAGUUCAGGGGCAGCUGGUAAAAAGUUUGUCCAAAAGGCAAAAUGUGGAACUGAAGGCAGAAAAAAUUGAAGUUGUUGGAAAUUGUGAUGCCAAGGCUUUCCCUUUUAAAUAUAAAGAGAGGCAUCCUCUGGAGUAUCUGAGACAAUACCCUCACCUUAGGUGUAGGACUAAUGUUCUGGGUUCUAUACUGAGGGUUCGCAGUGAAGCCACAGCUGCUAUCCAUUCUUUCUUUCAGGACAGUGGCUUUGUGCAUAUUCAUACUCCAAUAAUCACAUCCAAUGACUGUGAGGGGGCUGGAGAACUUUUUCAAGUUAAACCUUCAAGCAAAAUAAAGGUACCUGAGGAGAAUUUCUUCAAUGUUCCUGUUUUCUUAACUGUCUCAGGACAACUUCAUCUAGAAGUGAUGUCAGGAGCUUUUACUCAAGUGUUUACCUUUGGUCCAACAUUCCGAGCAGAGAAUUCUCAGAGCCGGAGACACCUGGCAGAGUUUUAUAUGGUAGAAGCAGAGAUUUCUUUUCUUGAGAGCCUUCAAGAUCUCAUGCAGGUUGUAGAGGGCCUCUUCAAGACUACAACAAUGACAGUUCUCUCAAAUUGUCCUGAAGAUGUUGAACUCUGUCACAAAUUCAUAGCUCCUGGCCAAAAGGACAGAUUAGAACAUAUGCUAAAAAACAACUUUCUAAUCAUUUCUUAUACUGAGGCAGUGGAGAUCUUAAAGCAGGCAUCCCAGAACUUCACCUUCACUCCGGAGUGGGGUGCUGAUCUACACACUGAACAUGAAAAGUACCUGGUAAAGCACUGUGGCGACAUACCAGUCUUUGUCAUUAAUUAUCCAUUAGCACUCAAGCCCUUCUACAUGAGGGAUAAUGAAGACAGCCCUCAGCACACAGUUGCUGCUGUUGAUCUUCUGGUUCCUGGAGUUGGAGAACUCUUUGGGGGAAGCCUCAGAGAAGAACGGUACCAUUUCUUAGAGCAGCGAUUGGCCAGGUCAGGACUGACAGAAGCCUACCAAUGGUAUCUGGACCUCCGUCGAUUUGGAUCUGUGCCACAUGGAGGUUUUGGGAUGGGAUUUGAACGCUAUCUGCAGUGCAUCUUGGGAAUUGACAAUAUCAAAGAUGUUAUCCCUUUUCCAAGAUUUACUCAUUCGUGUCUUUUGUAGCUGAAGACUGGUUAAGGAAAACCACCCUGUGCCAGAGGUACUGCACGUGAAUAUACAUACAGGAGAAUGCAUGUUUGAACUGUAGAAAUGCAGAAGUUUUCAAUAUGUAAUUGUCAUGCCAGAAGAUACAUGAAAGAUACGUGUGAUCAUGAUUUUCAUUGAAAGUUGAAGGCAUUUCCUGGAAAGAUGAACUCCAUCAAGAAGAGGUACUUAUAGCAGAUAGAAUCUCAAAGCUAUUGUGUCAAUUAAGAAAAAAAUGAAGAAAUUGAACUAGAUGGUCUCAAAGGUCCUUUCAAACUCUAGGACAGGAUGAAAUUGUGUAUUUUACUUUUUCAAGAUUUUUUUUUGGAUGUGGACCAUUUUUUUAAAGUCCUUAUUGAAUUUGUUACAAUAUUGCUUCUGUUCUAUGCUUUGGCCCUUUGACCACAAGCCAUGUGGGAUCCCAGCUCCCCGACCAGGGAUCGAACCCGCACCCCGCGCACUGGAAAGCAAAGUCUCAACCGCUGGACCGCCAGGGAAGUCCCGAAAUUGUGUAUUUUACUUUGUCUUUAAUCAGUAGACCACUGCCCUCUGUGACCUUUGAGAAGGAACUACUAGCUGAAAAUAAAAUGUUGUUGGAUCUUUUCUCCCUUGCCAUUUAACCUAUGAUAAAUUCCCAUCUUAUUCUCAUUGCUUUACUAAACAUUACAGAAGAAAAUAUUCCUUUUUCGGGUCUUGAAUUAAGAAAAUUGCUAUUGUGAAUUGAAAUCUUUUUUCAUCAGACUACAUGAAAAAUCACAUUUAAUAACUGUUGAGCCUUAAUUAUAAAAACUAACAAGAUGUAUUAUUUAAACUAAUCACUGUUGUGUUGCAGUUAGUUCAUGUUAGAUAUUUAUAACGUCUCUGAUAAUCAAUAAAAUAGAUUUUCGAUACCUAUGAAAGAAAAAAACAGGUUUUUAAAUUCCAUUUGGCCUUUUCCCAGUGAAAUUUGGAAGAAAGGUAUUUUCCAUCCAAGAUGAGGAUAUAUAGCUAAACCUAAAGGGAGGAUAAUUCUGGAGUCAAAAAGUAACGGUGGGGGGCUUCCCUGGUGGCGCGGUGGUUGCGCGUCCGCCUGCCGAUUCAGGGGAACCGGUUUCGCGCCCCGGUCUGGGAGGAUCCCACAUGCCGCGGAGCGGCUGGGCCCGUGAGCCAUGGCCGCUGAGCCUGCGCGUCCGGAGCCUGUGCUCCGCAGAGGGAGAGGCCACAACGGUGAGAGGCCCGCGUACCGCAAAAAAAAAAAAAAAAAAAAAAAAAGUAACGGGGCAUAUUAGAGUGAGAAGAUCACUGAUUUGGGACUUCGCGACCUGACGGUUCUAGCAGUCACAAGUAUGAGUUUGGAUAAGCCACUUACUUUGUAUGAGCUCAUGCAUCAUUUUCCUCACAGACUUGAUAUAGUAAUUACAUGAAAGUGUGUGUGCGUGUGUGUGUGUGUAUGUGUUUAAAACUGCGAAAUGCUACACAAAUUUUUUUAAACUCUACUUUUAUUCUUCGUUGAGAUGCAGAUAUAUGGACUUACAGCAAAUGGUGAACUCAGUAGGAUUCAUAUGUAUCAAAUAAUUAUAAAAAGGCAUGCAUGCCGAAUAAUCAAUUUUCUAAGUCUCAUUAGAUGACUUAGGUUACUUCCUAAUGAGUUUCUAUAUGCACUUUAUUUUAACCUAACUCAAAAUCAAACAACUGGAAAGAACUGCAGAACCUAGAGUUGGAAGUCAUAGGAGACACUGAGAGGUUGUCAAGGUCGAACUUCUAUCUAAAGCAGAGGGAUCCGGGCUUCCCUGGUGGCGCCGCGGUUGAGAGUCCGCCUGCCGCUGCAGGGGACACGGGUUCGUGCCCCGGUCCAGGAGGAUCCCACAUGCCGCAGAGCGUCUGGGCUCGUGAGCCAUGGCCGCUGGGCCUGCAUGUCCAGAGCCUGUGCUCCGCAAUGGGAGAGGCCACAACGGUGAGAGGCCCGCGUACCGCAAAAAAUAAAUAAAUAAAAAAUAAAGCAGAGGGAUCCUAUGUACCUUGGCAGCCUCUUGGCAAAGAGCUCAGUACCCCGCAGAAUAGCUCAUUCCUUUCUGAAGCUCUCUAAUUGGUAGCUUUUGCUGAGCUAAAAUCUGCUUCCCUAGAACUUUAAUCCUUGGGCUUAGAUACCAAGUUUAGGACAGGAUAAAAGGAACAAUUAAGGCUUCUAUAAGGCUUGCCUCAACCAUGGGUUAGAGAUAAAUUCAUUUGUUUACUCAACAAAUAUUACCUGAGCUUAUUCUACAUGCCACAGACUGUGCUAGGUGCUACAUAAACAGUAGUGAACUGACCCUUGCCUUCAUGGAUUUAUAGUCUAUUAGGGAAGAUAUACCAAUGAUAUGUAAACAAAUGUAUUAUUUCAAAAUAUGCCAUGUGCUAUAAAAUUUUAUGAAGAACAGGGCAAUCAUAGAUAAGCUUGCUAGAGGGGGCAUCCCUGAAAAGAUGAUAUUUAACCUUCGACCUGGAAGAUAAAAUAGAGAAACCAUUUUUUUUUUCUUCUGUGUAAAACAUGUUACUUAUGUUUACUAGGUUCUGCUUAAGAAUAUAAAUAAUGAAAUAUAUAUAUGUAAUUUAUUUUUUAAAUUCCGUUAAAGUAUAGUUAAAAAAAAUCACACACAGAGAUAAAUCUUAUUUAUUUGAAAACACUUUCUUAUAUGAAUUAUUUACCCAUUUGUGCUGGGUACCUAAGUUUCCCACCCAAAAAAUUAGAAUUAGUGAAGAAGUAAUUCCUUAAGAAGUGGGGCAAUAUCAGCUCUCCCUUCCCCUGAAGUCGCUAAAUAAUAAAAUU